CAACAACUGCUCAGCUUAAUCUGGGCUAUAUAAACAACGCGACCGAAGCUAUGCACGUACACUUGCAAAUUGAGUAUCACAGGGCUUAAGGCUUUAGAGAGCACACACGUACACAGUAGAGCAGAGAGCUUACGAGCGGCGAAGAGCAAGAGAUCGACCGAAGACGAUGGCCGGUGAAGGAGAUGAUGUCAAGCUACUAGGUUCGGUGAUGAGCCCGUUCGCGGUCCGCGUGCGCAUGGCGCUGCACGCCAAGGGCGUCAGCUACGAGUACCUGGAGCAGGACCUGUUCCACAAGGGCGACCUCCUCCUCGCCUCCAACCCGGUGCACAACAAGGUCCCCGUGCUCAUCCACGCCGGCAGGCCCGUCUGCGAGUCGCUUGCCAUCGUCGAGUACGUCAACGAGGUCUGGGCCGACGGCGCCUCCCUCCUCCCUGCCGACCCCUACGGCCGCGCUGUCGCCCGCUUCUGGGCCGCCUACGUCGACGACAAGCUGUUCCCCGCGUGGUUAGGCAUCCUGCGCGCCGCCACGGAGGAGGACAGAGCGGAGAAGCUCGACGCCGCGCUCGCGGUGAUCGGGCUCAUGGAGGACGCCCUCGCCCAGUGCUCUGAUGGGAAGGACUUCUUUGCCGGCGACUCCGUCGGGUACCUCGACCUUGCGCUCGGGUGCAACCUGUUCUGGUUCAAGGCGCUGCGCGAGAUGUUCGGCGUGACGCUCAUCGACGCCGGAAGGACUCCGGGCCUGGCCGCCUGGGCUGAGAGGUUCGAGCAGACGGAGGCCGGAAAGGAGGUGGCCCCGCCCAUGAAGAGUAUGGUGGAGCAUGCCCGGAAGCUGCGGGCUAUGGCAGGUAAUAAUUAAGUGGCAAGCUUGGAGGAGUUUCUUCUUGAUUCGGUCGACCACGAGUUGGAUUUUGUUUGUUCAGUAUAAAGGUGGUCAUUGUGAAUCGCCCCUUUUAGUUAGUUUACUUAUUAAAGAUUUGUGAUCUGUCCAAUAUGCAAUAAAAUGGUCAUUAUUUUUAGAAAGUUGUGGCUGAGCAACCCACUAACUUUGUCAGGAGUGUAGUGUUAAACACCAUGUAUACUACCCAAAGUUUUAAAUAACG